CCGCUAAUGACGUAGUCAACAUCCUGUGUAGUUUGGAAAAGGGGAGUUUUUUUGCUAGCAAUAUCUCUGGUUAUAGUUAAUACCACCAUCGCUUAACUAAACAAGCUAGUGAAACUAUAUUCAAAAUAAAUUUGUAUUUAUUUUAAACUUGUUAAAAUUGUACUGAAAGCUAACGUUAAUUAGUUAACGUUAAGCUAGCCUACUCGUACUAUAGCCGGUAAUUUCUGGUGGAUCAAGUUUGUGUCGAGGAGAGAACAAGGCUGCCUGCGUUAGAAGACAGAGGUUAUUCACACCACCACCAUGAAGCUUUUCAGUCUGAGUGUGCUGUAUAAAGGGACCACCAAGUCUAACCUACUGAAAGCUGCCUUCGACCUGUCAUCCUUCAGCUUCUUCCAGAAGUCCAGUGUUCAGGAGUUCAUGACAUUCACCAGUGACCUCAUAGUUCAACGCUCGUCUAUAGGGAGCCGAGCCUCUGUCAAAGAACAAGAGUACCUGUGUCACGUGUAUGUAAGGAACGACUCCCUGGGUGCGGUGGUGAUUGCUGACGGAGAGUAUCCCUCUAGAGUGUGCUUCACCCUACUGGAUAAGGUGCUGGAGGAAUUUUCCAGACAGGUGAGCAGUAUAGACUGGCCCUCUGGUUCUCCUGACACUGUCCACUAUACUGCCCUGGACAGCUACCUCGCCAAGUACCAGAAUCCUCGGGAGGCGGACGCAAUGAGUAAAGUACAAGCUGAGCUGGACGAAACCAAAAUCAUUCUGCACAACACUAUGGAAAGUCUGUUGGAGAGAGGAGAGAAGCUGGAUGAUCUAGUCCAGAAGUCCGAACACCUGGGGAACCAGUCUAAAGCCUUCUACAAGACGGCGCGAAAGCAGAACUCUUGCUGUGAGGUCAUGUGAUGCUGCUGAACCCCUCUUGAUCUCCUCACCCCCCGGAUGUGCCAUGACUAUCAGCCUACAUAUUAUACUUCUUACUCUGCGUGUGUGUGAGCAUACUGGCGAAAUGGUUGUGUGGUGAAGUGUAUCAGGUGAUAGUUGUUGGAGCCUUUUUGCAGUUGAUUAGGCCUAAGUGUUGUUUUCUGAAUAUGUUGAGUGAAUUCUAUACAUUCCUAGUUGUGAAAAAGUACAUGACAUGUUUGUGUGUGUGAGAAGUGAACAUUGUGCAUCAAAUGUGUGUGUGUGUGUGUGUGUGUGCGCGUGUGUGUGUACAGUCAAGCAGGGGUUAUUAAACCUUUUCAGCCUGUGAACCAAAUGAGAAAGUCUAUGUUUUCUUGGGACCCAAGCUCAUGAAAACAUGCCCCCUUUUUGGGGGUCCUAAGAAAACAUUUUAGUGGCCCCCCUGUUGAUGGCGGAGAAAAAAAUGGAUGUUUUAAAGCAAGUUUUCUGCAAUUCUACACAUUUUGCCAUGGGGCAGAUCAAUUUUUUCUGCAGUUUUACAGCUAGUUUCCUGCAAUUCUACCCAUUUUGACAUGGCUUACAUCAUGUUAAUAUGGUAUCUGAGUGAGAGUAGUUACCAAAAUCAAUGUGCUCCUGUACAGUGUUGGAAAAAGUACCCAAUUGUCAUAAUUGAUUCAAAGUAAAGAUACGUUAAUAGAAAAGUGAAAGUCACCCAGUAAAAUAGAGUAAAAAUAUUUGGUUUUAAAUAUACUUAAGUAUCAAACGUGAUUGUAAUUGCUCAAAUAUACUUAGUAUCGAAAGUUAAAGUAUAAAUCAUUUCAAAUUCCUUAUAAUAGGCAAACCAGAUGGUACGAUUUUGGUUUUUAAUUUAUGGAUAGCCAGGGGCACACUCCAACACUCAGACAUCAUUUACAAACAAAGUAUUUGUGUUUGAGUCAUACCAGAUCAGGUGCAGUAGAGGUGACCAGGGAUGUUCUCUGUUCCGUGAGUCCGUCAGAUCAGGGGCAGUAGAGAUGACCAGGAUGUUCUCUUGAUAAGUUUGUGAAUUGGACCAUUUUCCUGUCCUGCUAAGCAUUUGAAAGUACUUUUGGGUGUCAGUGAAAAUCUAUGGAGUAAAAAGUACAUUCUUGGAUAUAGGAAUGUAGUGAAGUAAAUGUCUUACUACUUUUUUUUCCUUUUUUUUUUAGACACAAAAAAACCUACUUAAGUAGUGCUUUAAAGUAUUUUUACUUCAGUACUUUACACCACUGCCCUUGGCCACGUGGCCUGUUGGUAUUUUGCCAUGAUUACUACAAGUUUAGAUAGCUGGCUAGACUGAAUUACCAAUCUAAAAACUGUUAGCUGACAUGGCUAAUUGAGUGACUGACAUAACGAGAAAACUGGUGAUGCACAACCACAUUUCUAAAUAGCACCUUGUGUAUUCUACUAUUCUAACUAAGUUUCAACAGUAAGUUGAGACCCCGACUGAGUUCCUAAAAAAACAUUUGAAAUGCAUUUAUUAACAUCUACAUUUGCCACAUUUAUUCUAUACAGACACCGUAAUGCAAACUUUUAAAUGAUAUUAUGUGAGCUAAGCCUACAAAUAAAAUGUAUAAAAACGUUUACAUUUGAGAUUACUAAUGUUACUGUCCCCACUACAAAAUAUUGUUACGUUACAGCCUUAUUCUAAAAUAGAUUAAAUACAUGUGUUUCCUCAUGUGUACACAAUACCCCAUAAUGACAAAGCAAAAAUAGUUUUUUAUAAAUGUUUGCACAUUUAUAAAAACAUUAACUAAAAUGUGACAUUUACAUAAGUAUUCAUACCCUUUUUAGUACUUUGUUGAAGCUCCUUUGGCAGCGAUUUACAGCCUCAAGUCUUCUUGGGUAUGACUCUAAAAGGUUGGCACACCUGUAUUUGGGGAGUUUUCUCUGCAGAUCCUCUCAAGCUCUGUCAGGUUGGAUGGAGAGUGUUGCUCUACAGCUAAUUUUAGGUCUCCAGAGAUUCUAAAUUGGGUUCAAGUCCGGGCUCUGGCUGGGCCACACAAAGCCAUUCAGCCACUCCUGCGUUGUCUUCGCUGUGUGCUUAGGGUUAUUUUCCUGUUGGAAGGUGAACCUUCGCCCCAGUCUGAGGUCCUGAGCGCUCCAGAGCGCUCUUCAUCAAGGUUCUCUCUGUACUUUGCUCUGUUCAUCUUUCCCUCGAUCCUGACUAGUCUCCCAGUCCCUGCCUCUGAAAAACAUCCCCACAGCAUGAUGCUGCCACCACCAUGCUUCACUGUAGGGAUGGUGCCAGGUUUCCUCCAGACGUGAUGCUUGACAUUCUGGCCAAAGAGUUAAAUCUUGUUUCUCAUGGUCUGAGUCCAUUAGGUGCCUUUUGGCAAACUCCAAGCGGGCUGUCAUCUGGCUUCUGUCUGGCUACUCUACCAUAAAGCCCUGAUUGGUGGAGUGCUGCAGAGAUGGUUGUCCUUCUGGAAGGUUCUCCUAUCUCCGCAGAGGAACUCUGGAGCUCUGUCAGAGUGACAAUCAGGUUCUUGCUCAUCUUCCCUGAUUGCUCAGUUUCCUGGGUGGCCAGCUCUAGGAAGAGUCUGAGUUGUUCCAAACUUCUUCCAUGUAAGAAUGAUGGAGGCCACUGUGUUCUUGGGGACCUUUUUAAUGCUGCAGAAUUUUUUUGGUACCCUUCCCCAGAAAAUUCCUUCGACCUCAUGUCUUGGUUUUUGCUCUGACAUGCACUGUCAACUGUGGGACCUUUUUAUAUAGUGUGGUGGAAUUUUUGAAAUCAAAAGGAGACUUUUAGAUUUCCUAAAAAUAAUCCAACUUUAUUCUUUAAUUACCGCAGUAAUGGAGCUGGUCGGUAAUCACCCCUGGAGGUGAUCACUGAGAACUCAACGAGAUGGUUUGAGCCACAGCAUUUUAUAGCAAAGUCCAUCCUUCUUCAGUCUAUAUGACAAACAACAGAUGUAUGGAUUGGGUCACAAGGUUAAGAUUUGUAUGAAAGAUACUUGUAAUUCACAGCAGACAGUAUCUGCUGUAAAAAACAAUUCUCAUUGUGUAGAGACCAGGGUCUGGCCCCCAACUCCAUACGGGAGCCAUCUCCCCCGGGUACCCCAGUACAGAAACAUUAACUCAUGCUCUGGAAUGUGGUAUCACCCAAAGACAUCGUAAAUCUUCUAUCAGUGUUAUCUCCCAGAGGCCCACUUUCAGUUCACACAGACACAAUAGAGUUAUAAGAACCCUCUAUUCUGUUGCAUUAAACAACCAUUUGAUGCAAUAAAAGUAUUAUAACACUCUUGUAAUUUCCACCAUAAUAGAAAGGGGUGUGCCUUUCCAAAUCAUGUCCAAUCAAUUUAAUUUACCACAGAAUGACUCCAAUCAAGUUGUAGAAACAUCUCAAGGGUGAUCAAUGGAAACACAAUGCACCUGAGCUGAAUUUAGUCUCAUAGGAAAGGGUCGGAAAACUUAUGUAAAUCAUGUAUUUCUGUUUUGUAUUUUUAAUACAUUUGCAAAUAUUUCUGAAACUGUUUUCGCUUUGUCAUUAUAGGGUGUUGUGUGUAGAUUGACGAACAUUUUCUAUUUAAUCCAUUUUAGAAUAAGGCUGUAAUGUAACAAAAUGUUGAAAUAGUCAAGGGGUCUGAAUACUUUCCUAAUGCACCUGUAGCAUCAGCAAUCCAAAGUGGAUCUCAAUCCAUACUUUAAGAAAGGCUGCAGUAAAGCAUCGGGUAACAUGGUGCCAGAUAAGUCUUUCAUUCUCUGCCGAGAGAUUCCAAAAUCCGGCAGGCCUUUCAACGUGCCUUCUCUCUCCAGCCUGGCCUGGGAACCGACUCCCUACCCUUCUCCUUGUUCACUCCACACCUGAAAUGAGUCCAAGCCACCAGCCAAAUUCUGGUAAAUGGCCUGAGAUGCUGCUGACAUUUUUCAUCCAACAGAGAUAAUGGAUGAUGGACAUACGGUUAUUUUCAGGCCCUUGGACUAUAAGGAACUCCCUCCAGCUCAAAGUUAUACCAAUGCAUCAGUGUGUACACUCCAGGAACCACAGCCUCACUGUAUGUGCCAAAUGUUCUAAAAUAAACCUUCAUGCCGGUUCAUCUUAUAUUAUUGUAGCGAUUAUUUGACAAUUGUGUAUUUACUUGAGUAAAACCCUCACACCUGCAUCCAUUCUGUAUAUUCAGGUUAAGCUGCCUACCUAUCAUGCCUUCUUGACUAAAAUACCCUCUUCUGUUUGAUCAUUCAAACUUCUCUUACCGCUCUUAAAUGUAACCAUGUGUACAUUGUAUUAAAUGUGAAACAAGAUAUGGGCUUGCAAUCAUAAUCAAUAAAAUCAUUUGAACCAUA